AUGCAUCUCCUUGGUGAACAUGUAGCAACCAUCUCCUUCGUGGCAGGUCCUUCUAUGUUCCCAACAAUGAGCAUGACCGGGGAGGCUGCCCUUGAGCUCAAGUGGAUUGACCCCAAACGUUUACGACGUGGAGACCUCGUCACAUACAUCUCACCCAUCGACCCAACCCGCAGAGUUUGCAAGCGCGUGACUGGGCUGCCUGGGGACAUUAUCUGUGUCGACCCCACUGGCGAAUACGCCCCUUCCACAGAACACGUAGUAGUGCCUAGAAACCACAUCUGGGUGACCGGCGACAACUUGGCGUGGUCGAGGGAUUCCCGCAUGUAUGGGCCUGUGCCGUUAGGUCUGGUCAAGGGCAGGCUGUAUGCCAGGAUCCGGCCUCUGCGAGACGCGACAGUCUUCCGAAAUACAUUCGAUUUCAUCGACUGA